GCAGGGAUAGGUAGGUAAGCAAAAAAAAACAACCAAGCCCGAGGCCCGGACCAGACCCGGCUACCUGGGCCGGUCUCGGGUCCACCUAUUUAGACCCGCCGGCCUGUCCGGGUCUAGGCCCGACCCAGACCCGGCCCGGCCUGAAUCCACCCCUACUUGCUAGUUGCUUUUGGCAUUAAAGUUUGGGAGCUGCGUAUGUAUUAUUACCUCCGUCCCGCUAUGAUUGUCCCAUUUUACCUUAUCGGUCCGUCCCACUCAGAUUGUCUCAUACCAAAUUUGGUAAAAUUUGUGUGGCUCUAAAUCAUUCUUGCUUUAUUCUUAAUUUAUCAAUUCAAUAUCAACCACAUAAACCACUUUUUGUUAAUUUGUAUGUCACUCCCUCUUGUCCCAUUGUUAGCGGGACGGAUGGAGUACUAGGUAUUUGGUAUUCCAAUCUUCUUCGGCGCUUGCUCAAGUCAUGUUAUAAUUGAUUGUCAUUUUGUCAAGGACUUGUUUUUGUGAAUAAUCAUUAUCAUUUUCAGUUACAUUCAGAAAACACAAAACUAAAGCGUGACAGGAAUAAGGGAAAAGGGCUAAAAUGGACACUGAGGUUUUUAAUGAAGAGCGUAUUGGACAUUAAGGUUUUUUUGAGAUCAAAUAAACAUAAAAUUAAACUUUUCGGACCGCAUCGCCCACCCCCUAACAUUUCCCGUUAACAUCUUCUCUUCCCCGUUAUCACCCUGCGAUUAGACCUAAUUGAUAUAUACCUAAUAAAUACAAUCUGAGACAGAUUAUGAAGAAGAAAGCAGUGAUGUCGGCUAGUCCUUCAGCAUCGAGGUCGUCUGAGGCACGGAAAUCUGAGUCCGGUGAUUCAGUGAAGCUUCGAAGCAUCUAUGAGCGACCGUAUUCUGGGCGUUCUAGGUUUUGCAGAUGCAUGAAUGCAAAUGGAACUCGCGUCAAGGCGCCACUUUGGACUUCAUGGACUGACAAGAAUCCAGGGAGAAGAUUUCAUGGAUGUCCUAAUUAUGAAAAGGAUGGAUGUGGCUUCUUUGAAUGGCAUGAUGAGCCAUUAACGGACAGAGCAAGGCAUGUUAUCAAUGAGCUGAAACGGGAGAAUAGGAGGCUCCAAUCUGCAAUGUUUGAAUUGGAAUGUGAUAGUGUUGCUCAAAAGUUGGAGAGUGAACUUGAAGAAGUCAACAGUAUGAAUGAUGCAGCCCAUCUGGAAUUGGAAAGCAAAACUAAAAUGAAGAAUAAUUAUGUUAUUGUAGUGUUGUUAUGUGUCCUUAUUGUAGUAUUAUGUGUGUUAGUA